CAGAACACACUCUGAAAGUGUGAGGAGGAAGACGCACCAACACAGAGGCAACACCUUAAGAGUGUUCUGAAAUAAUUUAAUGGUAGAAGAUUAUUGAUGUGUUUGGGCCACAAGCCGCUUCAUGAAAAUGUCGGAGGAAAUCAAUGACCAAACCGUUUAUGAAAACAUUGGAACUUUCAGCAACCAACAAAUACGUACAGGGGGAAAUCUGUUCCGGCUUGUUUUCCUGAGCUUUGGACUCUUGUGUAUCCUUCAAGCUUCUCUCAACAUUUCACUGCGUCUCACUCUCUAUCAUUCUGAAGAUAAGACAGUCGACACUGAGGACAUUUUGAAGAAUGUGACUGAAGAGAGAGACGAGUUAAAGAGGAAGCUGGCUGUCUUUGAUUCCCGCCAAGGAUGGGUGUAUUUCAGGAAUAGUUUCUAUUACAUUUCCUCAUCGAAGGAAUCCUGGCAGGACAGCAGAAGUUACUGUCAGCAGAGAGACGCAGACCUGCUGAUCAUCAACAGCAUAGAAGAGCAGGAAUUCACAAGACGUUUCCAAAAGUCCAUCUGGAUUGGACUGACUGACCAAGACACAGAGGGAGUGUGGAAAUGGGUGGAUGGGAGUCCGCUGACCACAAGCUACUGGGCCGCAGGUGAGCCUAACAGUCACGGAAAUGAAGACUGCGGAGAAAUAAAGGUCGAAAUAAAGGACAAAAACAAGAACUGGAAUGAUGUACCAUGUAACUACGCUCUAUUCUGGAUCUGUGAAAAGACGCUGGCUCCGUAACUCACCAAACUCUAAAGACAACAAGUGAAACAUUGAUUAUGGCCGAGCUGCAAGUU